AUGCUUAACCAUAUAAUGGAUGAAAUUCUGGAUGAGAUUGGUCCUGGGAAUCUUAAAGGGCUAUUCGAGGACCACAAGGUUGGGCCUAAGGAAGUAGUAAACCUGACUGAUGCCGAGUUUGAAAAGCUGGGAGUUGUAAAUUUUGGGGAUAUGGCGCGCCUUAGAAACCGUUGCCGAACAGUUAUGAAAUUGCCAGACUCUCCUACACUAAUUAAAUUACGAGAAUUGGGUUCUCGUAGAACUUUCCAAAAGAGACAAUCGGCAAGAUCAAGGGUUUCAACCAGCAGACGGGUACAUGUAGGCUGGAUGAAUAAAAAACGAAAAAAUUCAGUAUAUUCAAGGGUUACUGGAGGAAAGGAAGUAAUUGACAUAGAGAAAAACACAACGUUACCAGAAAUGCUUGAAAAAUUUUUGGAGCUGUAUUUUCCUGAUGGGGAAAAUAAGAAUCAAGGGCCUUUAACAGAUUACAUGUAUUACAUUGGAAAUUAUGCUGGUGCAAAGAUAAAAGACGUUUUGAGUAAUGGAGACCCCUUCACCUUAGAAGGCUAUUACAGUGAAAUCCGAACAUACCCAAUAAGAUUGUACCUAUAUACUUCAUGUAAAUCAAUAGGGGAUGAAGAUCCUAUCAUCGGUGAAAAAUCAACAGGAGCACCUCAGAAGAAAAUCAAAUUCAGUAAAGAAAAUGAUGAAAAAGUUCAGGAUGCAAGUGAUGAUGACUUUGAACCACUGCCAAAACUUGUUCUGAAAAAGUCCAAGAAAAGGAAACCAUCUGGUGACGUUCGAGACAAAAAGGUUGAAGAAUUGGAUCAGCCCCAAUGUUCUCAUGAGGCAGAUUUAAGAACCCCAACGACAGAAGAACUGGAUUGCAAAAGUUUACCAGAAAUACAUGUACCAUCUGAUUCAGGAACCCCAACAGUCAUUUUCAAAAGAGAUGCCACUGAUAAUGUUUUACCCCAGAGUAAUACGAAUGUAACAGCUGAAGAAAUUCUUAGACAACUCAGAGAGAAUAUAAAAACUGAUGGGAAAAAAAAUGUGAUUAACGUAGAUAGAAACAAUGUAUUGGGCACAAAAGAAUCAUUUAAAAGAGAAAAAUUCAUGGCUGAACAUCCAUUAUUUGUACGAUUCUCAGGGGAAAAGGGAAUUGAUGAUGGGGGUCCAUCAAGGGAAUUUAUGAGAAUUAUAAUACAAGCAGUGUCAGAGUCUUCUAUUUUCGAAGGCGAGUCCAGAAGAAAGAUGCUUUUGCAAAACCUGCUAGCUGAAGAGAAUGGUGAUUAUGAAACAUACGGGAAAAUAAUAGCCUAUUGCUUGGUUCAUGGUGGACCAGCACCCACCUUUAUGUCAGAGUUUUUGUUUGGGCUUUUAGCCUAUGGUCCUGAUUCAGCAGACCCUACCAUUGAUGACAUUGUUGAUGAUGAAUAUAAACAACAAGUUCAGAAGAUUGAAAUAUCUACAGAUAUUUCGUCUUUUUUUGAUGCUGUGGAUCCAAUGAGACCCCUUUUGGAUUAUAUUGGUGCUCUUCCAUUGGCAGUACCAAAAAAGAAAAAUGAGCUUGUGCAUGCUUUAUGUAGACACAUUGCUGUCACAAGGAUUGAGAAGUCACUUAAACAGAUCAGAAAUUAUCCUGAUGCCAUGAGAGGGCUCUUUGUCCAUAAAAGUGAUCUUGUUGUUGAUGCGGUGGAAAUGGACAACAUGUUUGUUGUUGAAUUUUCUGAGGAAGGCAGUAACAAAUAUAUUAAUGAAUUAAGAAUACAGACUUACUGGAGAGAUUAUUUACUUGAAAUAGAAGAUACACCUGACAAAUUCAAAUCCAUCUUGGUAUUUGUAACUGGUUUGGAUUCGGUCCCCCCUUUAGGGUUUUCUCCACCACUGAAAUUGAAGUUUCGUCAUCCAGAAGCAGAUGAAAACUUCAGUGUUUUUGCUACCCCUUACGCAAACACAUGCUUCAACACUUUGAGCAUUCCUGUCACCGAAACAUACAAUGCAUUCAAAGAAGUCAUGGACAAUGCACUAGAUUUGGGAUGUUUAUUUACAGAUCAUUAAGAGAUGUUGGGUGAUAUAUAUUCCCAUGUAUAAUUCACAGAUUAGAGUUAAGAUACUAACAAUAUAAGAGCACGCUAGUGCAUGCAUGCAUGCAAGUAUAAUUGAAUUUGUAUUUACCGGUAGAUUUAUAAAGAGAAAACAGUGUAUAAAUAUAAGUAAAAAAAAUUACUUAUUUACAUAAGGAAGCUUACUAUUUGCAUGAAUUGUUACAUGGAAAUUUUAAUGGCACCUUUGUACUUGUGAUUUUAUGGUAUUUGCUGGGCCUUUAAUUGACAGUCAUUAAAAUGAUAAAGUUAAUUUGUUUAGAUAAAAGCUAGGGAAUGUCAAUGGGCCUUAAUUUUAUUUUUAGUUUGUGAUCAUUUUUUUUGUUUGUUUGUAUUUUUGCAAAUGUUAAUUUGCACUUAGAGAGGGGAGCAAAAUUCUUACUCAGUUGAAUGAUGUAGCAAACAUUUUAAAUUGCAUGUAUAAUUUUCAAUAUGAUUUAUUUUGUUACAAUUUUUAAGAUUCAUAUGUACUGAGAAACAGGAGCAUUUUUACAUUAAUGGGUGCCAAUAAUAUUGCAUUGAACAAUAAAAUUUUAAAACUUUUAAGCCCAAAUAUUUCUUCUUUGAAAAAAUUGUAUUGAUGAACAUAUAAUGCAAUUUUAGAAAUAUUCCAUUUUCAACCUUUACCAUUUCAUAAGAAUGAGUUGCAGUUCUCAAAUCAAUAGAUUUGAUCGUGCCAUGAUCGAAAUUAUCACCUCAUAAUAUUGAAAGAAUGAUUCCUUAUUACUUAUACUUAAAUAGUUUUCAGCAAAUGUAGAUUAAAUAUUUGAAUAUAAAUAAGCAAACCCCGUUGCGCCACAAGUUUAGAUCAUUUGAUUUUAUUGGACUGUAUGGUACAAAACUGAUACGUAGUGUUAUCACAGGCAAAGACACUGUAAAAUGUAAAUAUUUCAACUUCAAAGCAGGGACCUAGGCUAGCUUAUUGUUCAAUUGACAUAGAUAUCUACUACCUAGGGGCUAGGUGAGUGGCUACUUAGAGGAAAUUUAAAAUUAGGCUUUAGUUAUUUACAUUACAACAUGUUUUCCAAGAUGAAAGCCUUAUUUCUAAUGUAAACAAAUAUUCCAAAUAAAUUGCUGAACAUCUCAGAGUAGGAGACAUUGUUAUGACAACCUGUCUUUGAAUUGUUUUCAAAUCUUAAUAACUUAAU